AUAUCUUGCCCCUCCCCACCAUAGCCUCGUUCCCCCGUCUCCACGGCGAUCGGCGUAGAGGGGCACCGGAGCUCUCCGACACGCGUGGAGAAGCAGCACCGUGUCCAUCAACCGCACAACUCUCAUAUCACCCAUCCGCUCCCAUCACCUCCCACCACCGCACCGCACCUCAUCGCGGCAUCAACCAACCCACAACACAAAACACACACCCUUCCCGCAUCUACAUGCCCGCCCCCGAACAAGCGCAAUCCCGCAUCCUCGCCCUCUCCGCCCACCUCACCUCCACCCCACCCCCAACCUCCACCAAACCCAGCAUGUCGACCCCCGCCCGCCCCCCAAUAACAUGCCACGUCCUGGACACAACGCUCGGCCUUCCCGCCCCCUCCAUCCCCGUAACCCUCACCCUCCACCCCUCACCAACCAGCACCUCCCUCUCGCCCACCACCACGCCUCAAAAAUUCACCGCAACCACCAACGCCGACGGCCGCGUUACAGAAUGGACGCCCAGCUCGCCCUUCGCGACGGAUAGCUUGGAGGAUGUGUUUUCCCGGCCUGAAGAUCAGAUGUAUAGUCUUUUAUUUGAUACGGGGGCGUAUUUUGGGGGGAGGGGGGUGAAGGCGUUUUUUCCGGAGGUGGAGGUUAGGUUUUUGGUUAGGGGGGAGGUCAAGGGCGAGCAUUUUCAUGUUCCGGUGCUGUUGGGGCCGUUUGGGUAUACGACGUAUCGUGGGUCGUGAGGGAGGGCGGUGGCUUGUGUGGUGUGGUGUGGGGGGUUACGGUGUGGUUCAGGGUAGACAGGGGAGGGCAGACAUGGGGUACCUGUUAUGCUGUGGUUGAGGUAGCAGAUAUUGAGUUCUGUUGAAACGCAUGCAUAUCCUGAAAUGUACCGCAGUAGCGGUUGGGUGUUUCACGGUGACAGGAAGCAUCCAUGUUGUUAAGCGUGAAGUCGUGCCAAAUUGCCAAUCAAAACUUGACAACAUACACGCAUAAGCCUCACAAGGAGGUUGUUGAGACAUCAAUUACAAGCGAGAAGACAGUAUCGAUAGACUUCAUUCCGAAUCUCUCAACUAUAUACAAAAAAGCAAAUCGUGCUGUCGUUGCACAUGGUACU